CCCCGGAGCCAUGGGCAAGUGCAGCGGGCGCUGCACGCUCGUCGCCUUCUGCUGCCUGCAGCUGGUGGCUGCACUGGAACGGCAGAUCUUUGACUUCCUGGGCUACCAGUGGGCUCCCAUCCUAGCCAACUUCCUGCACAUCAUGGCAGUCAUCCUGGGCAUCUUUGGCACCGUGCAGUACCGCUCCCGGUACCUCAUUCUGUACGCAGCCUGGCUGGUGCUCUGGGUUGGCUGGAAUGCAUUUAUCAUCUGCUUCUACCUAGAGGUUGGACAGCUGUCCCAGGACCGGGACUUCAUCAUGACAUUCAACACAUCCUUGCACCGUUCCUGGUGGAUGGAGAAUGGGCCAGGCUGCCUGGUGACACCUGUUCUGAACUCCCGCCUGGCCCUGGAGGACCACCAUGUCAUCUCCGUCACUGGCUGUCUGCUUGAUUAUCCCUACAUCGAAGCCCUCAGCAGCGCCCUGCAGAUCUUCCUGGCACUAUUCGGCUUCGUGUUUGCCUGCUACGUGAGCAAAGUGUUCCUGGAGGAGGAGGACAGCUUUGACUUCAUCGGUGGCUUUGACUCCUACGGAUACCAGGCACCGCAGAAGACGUCGCACUUACAACUGCAGCCUCUGUACACGUCGGGGUAGCUUCUGCCCCGCGCCCACCCCGGCCGUGCCGCGCCUUUGACGGCUGGACAGACCGCGGCUGCCGCGAGCUCGGGCCGAGACGGGCAGGU